AUGUCUCUGACAGAGGCUGAGAGGAUCAUCAUCCUGUGGAAUAAGGUCUACACACAGGAGGGCCCCAGGGGUGCUGAGGUCCUGGAGAUGUUCCCCCCAGCUAUGCCUGCUCCAGGCACUUUGACCUGCAGCCAGCUGUGCACAUCUAUGCACAGAGGAUUCCAGGCUGGGGGUCGCCAGGGGCAACAGGGACACCAGCAGGCCAACAUAGCGUGUGUCCUAUUUGAGCUGAGAGAGAUACAUGCCCAUAUCCUGCAGGUGGACCCAAUCAACAUUGAGCGCCUGUCGCACUGUCUGCUAGUCAUGGUCACCUUGUACUUCCCUGAGAUUUUGCGGGCAACUGCCCAUACUGCCUGGGACAACUUUCUGUCCAUCAUGUCCUGUGUUCUGACUGAGAAGUAG